AUGGGACAAGCUAAAUCAACUCCAUUUUCUAAUCUCAUCCACCAUGUACUGAAACGGAAGGGAGCUAUAGUCUCCCACUCACAAAUAGAUGAGUGCGUACAGGUGGUAGUGGAGUAUAAUCCAUGGUUCCCAGAGGAAGUUACUUUAGAUUUAGAUGUCUGGGAACGAGUAAAGAAUAAUGUGGCAAAGGCAUAUAGGCAUGGAAAUAAAGUUCCAGUCACAUUUUGGUCUGUUUGGGCAUUAACGCAUGCAGCACUAAGUAUGGUGUCUCGUGAUGCUGUAGUAAUAACAGCUGCUGAGCUGGAGGCUGAUGUGGAGAAAGCUAUGAAGGCUUAUAAUUUGCCCGAGGAGGAAAAAACUCGAAUUGGGCAGGAGUUAAAAGAGAUGGCUACACCUGAGCAAUCUCCUGCCAGCUGUGAUAGAGAAAGAGUAGUGCCAAAAGAUUCUGACUCUGAGGAUUUUGUUCCUCUCCCUCGCUACAGAGCCUUCCCCAUCAUUCGACCCCCUCCGGUCGAUGGGGUAGCGCAGCCUCCUCAUUAUGAGAGCAUUAAUAUGGCCCACUUAACUCAGCUACAGAAGGCGGUAACUUUAUAUGGACCGCAGACGCCAUAUGUUAAAGAACUAAUGUUGGCAAUUGUUUCUGCUUAUGGAAACCUGGCCCCUGAGGACUGGAAAGUUAUUUGUAGAGCGUUAUUAAAACCUCAGGAAUAUCUACAAUGGUUAAUGUGGUAUAGUGAUAUUGCCGCAGCCAAAGCAGCCCAAAAUACUCAGUCCCCUAAUCCUGCCCUCCGCAGGAUAACACAUGCUAUGCUAACAGGCACUGGGGAUUACAAGCGCCCCCAGGACCAAGUAAAUACCCCAAGGGAGAUUCACGAGCAGCUGCAGGAAAUAUGCCUAGAGGCAUGGGGUCAGAUGGAUGUAUCCCCCAUUAAGAUUUCCUGGCGGUCAGAUCGUCCAGUCUGGAUUGAGCAAUGGCCUUUAUCUAAAGAAAAAUUGGCAGCCACGAAGCAACUUGUUGAAGAUCAGUUAGCUAAAAGUCAUAUUGAGAAGAACUAUCAGUUUGUUUUGGCCUUGACUUUUGCUGUGGAAGAGAUCAACAAAACUCCUACUCUUUUACAUAACUUGACUCUGGGAUUUGAUAUCUGUAACGUUGAAGAUGGAUUGCCAACAUCAUUGAAAAAUCCCUUCAUUUGCUUUUUUGGGAACUACAUGGUUCCUAACUACUCAUGUAUAAGUGGCAGCAAGUCUAUAGGAGCACUUACAGGACCAUCAGGAGUAACAUCUGGCCAGAUAGGCACAUUGCUGGACCUCUACAGGUUUCCACAGCUCUCCAUUGGGCCUUUCGAUCAGGCCCUGAAUGACCACAGGAAGUUCCCUGCUCUCUAUCAAAUGGCCUCAAAGGACACGUCCAUAGCCACUGCCAUGGUCUCCUUACUGCUUUACUUCAGAUGGAACUGGGUGGGACUGUUCACCUUUCGUGAUGAGAAUGGCUUGUGGAUUCUUCAUCUACUGAAAGAAGAGAUGGACAAGAACAGAGUUUGUGUAGCCUUCGAGCUAGCAAUCCAAAAUUAUGGCCUACCAUUUGAAAUCAUGGCCCUGUAUAACCAGAUUAACAAAUCUUCAGCAAAUAUCCUCAUCAUAUACGGUGAUAAGGAAUACGUACUAGAUUUAAUGGUGUUUAUUGAGCAGUAUUUAAUAAAAGGUAAAGUUUGUAUCCUGAACUCACAGUGGGAGUUACCAAUGAGGAGGAGAUAUUUCAUGCAAGGUUCAUUCCAUGUCCCUCUUGCUUUUUCACACCAUCACCCAGAUGUUUCUGGAUUCACAGACUUUGUCAAGGCAGUGAACCCUUCCAAAUACCCAGAAGACUUUUUCCUUGCUCGACUGUGGGGUCUCUCUUUUAAUUGCUCAGAUUCUGAGUCUGACUGUGUAACAUGGGAGAACUGUCCUCAUGGGGCUUCCUUGAAUUGGUUGCCUGGACACAUUUUUGAUAUGACUAUGUCUGGAGACAGUUACAAUAUAUACAACGCUGUGUAUGCUGUGUCCCAGGCUCUCCAUGAGAUGCUGCUACAUCAAACAGAAGUACAGACAAUAGAAAACAGAAAAGAGACAGUGCCUUCCCCUGCACAGCUGCACCCUUUUCUGAAGAACACACAAUUUCAGAAUCCUGCUGGAGAUCAGGUGAUUUUAGAUAACAAAAGAAAAUUGGAGGCAGAAUAUGACAUUGUGAACAUUUGGAAUAUUCCACAAGGUCUCGACCUUAAGGUGAAAAUAGGACAGUUUUCUCCAUUUGCUCUACAUGAUCAUCAACUAUCUUUAUCUGAAGAUUUGGUAGAGUGGGCCAUAGGAACUACAGAACCUGUUCAUUCUGUCUGCAGUGAGAGUUGUGGUCCUGGAUUCAGGAAAUCCCUUCAGGAGGGAAAGGCUGCCUGUUGCUUUGAUUGUACCCCUUGCUCAGAGAAUGAGAUGGCUAAUGGGACAGAUAUGGAGCAGUGUAUGAAGUGUCCAGAUCAUCAGUAUGCCAACACACAGAGAAACCAGUGCCUCUUAAGAGCUGCAAGCUUCCUGGCUUAUGGGGAGCCUUUGGGAAUGGCCUUGGUCUGCAUGGCUCUGGGCUUAUCAACACUCACAGCAGCUGUUCUUGGGGUCUUUGUGAAACAUCACAACACCCCCAUUGUCAAAGCGAAUAACCAGGCUCUCAGCUACAUCCUGCUCAUCUCCCUCAUUUUCUGUACCCUCUGUUCCUUGCUGUUUAUUGGUCGUCCCAACACAGUGGCCUGCAUUCUACAGCAAACCAUAUUUGGAGUUGUUUUCACUGUAGCCAUUUCUGCUGUUUUGGCCAAAACUGUAACUGUAGUUCUGGCCUUCAAGGUCACUUCUCCAGGGAGAAGGAUAAAGUGGCUGCUUGAAUCAGGAGCUCCUAACUUCAUCAUUCCCAUCUGCACUCUGAUCCAGAUGACUCUCUGUGGAAUCUGGCUGGGAACCUCUCCUCCUUUCAUUGACACAGACACACACUCUGAACAUGGCCACCUCAUCAUCCUGUGUAACAAGGGCUCCCUCACUGCCUUCUACUGUGUCUUGGGAUACCUGGGCUCCCUGGCCCUGGCCAGCUUCACUGUGGCUUUCCUGGCCAGGAACCUGCCUGACGUCUUCAAUGAAGCCAAGUUCCUGACCUUCAGCAUGCUGGUGUUCUGCAGUGUGUGGCUCACCUUCCUGCCUGUCUACCACAGUGCCAAGGGCAAGGUCAUGGUGGCUGUGGAGGUCUUCUCAAUCUUGGCCUCCAGUACAGGGCUUCUAGGCUGCAUCUUUGUCCCCAAGUGCUACAUCAUCUUGAUAAGACCUGAUAGAAAUUAUCUGCAUGGCUUUCGGGACAGAAAAUGCCCUGGGCAAAUUAAGCCCUCCUAA